AUGAAGGUGCACAAGGAGUCGAAGGACCAGGGCGGUCAGACGACGGACGGGGGCCAUCCGGGACGCGUCCUCAAGAGCCUUCUGAAGAAGCCGGGCCAGGUUAAGGCCAAGGGCCAGAAGAACCGGGUCGUCAUCAAUGAGAAGAUGAACGAGUUCUUCGCCGCGGACUAUAUAAUCCUGAUAAAGGAGGAGUGCUGUGCGGAUUACGAGGAGGAGUGCGACUGCUGCUGCCAGGAGCACGAGAUGAUACGGCUGGGUAACUGCAAGGAAUGUCGCGCCGAGCUGAAUUUGCGCUUCGAGGAGGGUGAGGGCGUCGAUGGGGGAAUGAUGGCCGGCUGCGAGCGGGGCACCGAGGACGAGUGCGACGAGGAGGACGAGGAGGACGAGGAGGACGACGUAGAUGACGUGGACGACGAGGAGGACGAGGAGGAAGAGGACGUGGAUCCGCCGCCGCCGCCUCCUCCACCGCCGGUCCUCGCCGUUGAGCCAUCACCGGUGAAGGAGGAGAGACGAGCGGCGAGCCUCGUUAAUCCGUCGAGGAGGCACCAGCAACGCGAGACCCUGAGCCCACCCGAGGGCUACAAGGACCUCUGCGUCGCGGCGCAGGCCCAGCAGGAGCUCGAGGACGGGCUCCUGGCCGCGGAGGAGGAUGCCCGAGCCGUUUGCAUCGAGUGCGACUACUAUCAGCGACAGGCCGCAACCGCAGAGGCUGCGGCCGAGGCGACAUCCUUGUCGAGGAUCGACGAGUCGAGCAGUGGCCAGCAGGAGAGUUGGCGCAACUCUUCGCAGGAGUCGGAGGAUGGCGUCCAGCCAACGAUCGAUCAGGCGCAGCAGACGACACCAGAGGUGCAGCAACGUUAUCUCGUGGAAACGAUCACGAUGACAACUGUUACGGAGCGACGAAUCGUUCGUGAGAUCAGCGAGGAGGAAACGCGAGGGAGUAACGACGAAGCUGAUCACCACGCGACAGCGGAACGACAGUUAUCAACCGAGCAACAGAAAUCCCUAGAAUCGUCGGAAAAUCUUAAUAAAAAUGGCUCGUCUAAUAGCGAGACGAGCGUGGCGAAGCCCGACGAUGUAAUCGACAGAGACAAGACCACCGAGUUUUCCUUAGCCUUUAAAUCGAGUAAUGUCGCCUCUUUAGUUUCAAAUAGCCUUAAGCCAAAUUCAGCCGUUAGGCAGCUAUUUCCCGAUCCGCGUUUCAUCUCGCCACCACCGGCGCCGGUUAAAAGCAUUUCCUCCGACUUGGACGAGGCCGCUCUAGACGAGGCGGGCGAGAAUGAAAAGUUCCUCAUCACAACCGAGAGUUUGCGAUUGUUCGACGCGGUUAAGCGUUCGAAAAUCGCCUCCGGCAGUCGUUCGGACUCGUCCGAAAGCGACUCCUCCAUUAAACGUACGAUCGAGCGAAAUGCCCUGAGGCGCAGUCUUAUUUGCAAAUACGAGACGAGCGGCUCUCUAAAGAAGAAGAAUCUCCGUAGUAAGGAUUUGACUCUCGAGGAGCGGAUCAGGCAGCUGACAUGCGUCGACGAAGACGAAGACACGGCCGACAGUAGCGCCUCGGAUAACAACAACGUCGGCCGCAUAAGCGCUCGGAAUAACAAUAACAAUAACAAUAAUGGACCGAAUGUAAAUGGUAUAAUAGGUCGGGCGACGGCCGAGGUCAAUAGCUUGAACGAUCAGAGCGUGACGAUGGUCGCCCAUCAGCUGCCAGCUCGGACUUCGCCGUCGGGAGAGGAGAGGCCUAAAGGUCACGCGAUGCAGUCUCACGUCACCCAUCAUCACCAUCAUCAGCAUCAUGGCAAUUCAGCCUACAGGAAGAUCACGGACCUCUUUGGACCGAAGAAGAGCAGCUCGGUCCCGCCGGGCGUCGAACUUAGUCUUCCCGACAUUGGUCUUGGCACGAAGCAUGCGAUGUCGAUAAAAGGCAAUGCUGGAACGAAGCUCAACACCGAGGCCAGGAAGCAGUUUUUGGCGAGUCUGGCUCCGCUAUCUUGCGUAGCGUCGAGCGGCGUCGACGGCAGGGACGAUUAUUACCGAAUGCCAGCGAAGACGAUGAGCGCCGGGGAUAGAAAUUCCAUAUGCUACAAUUCUGACUCGUCGUACAGCCUCGAGGACAUCGAGGACGCUCUGAACGAGGGGAUCCCGGCGCCGCCGGACGUAACGCGAGGGACUCCGACGUCGAUCGGACCCGCAUCCGUGGACGCAUUCGGUGGCGAUCCGACCGACGAACUUCAAGCUUUCGUCGAGCAGGACAAGUCGAGAACGGAAAGGCUCAAGAGGCGCUACAACGACUUGGACGAGCAGCAGCGCAACGAGAGCGCGAUUAACGAUGUGAUCAAGAAUUCCGUGGCCGGCAGCACGAUUAGCAAUGCCGAGGACGACGAGGAGGACGACGAGCUUAACGAUUACGGUUUCAAUAGGCGGCCGUCGGUAAGGGGCAUCAAGGCCCAAUUUGAGACGACCAACGAGAUCGUGAGGCAGUUGCGAACGAGAAGCGCCGCGGCCAAUUCUCUACCCGAGGCCUGUCGACUGGGAUUCCCGGGGACCGUACACGAGGACGAAGUGUCCGCGAGCUCCGCAUGCUCGGGCUCCUCGACCUCCGACCUUUAUCGCCUCACCUACACGAAUGAGAUACAAGCCGAUCCCAACACUAUCAAUCGUAUCAAUAGCAUGCAACGGCAGAUAAACGACAUUUACCAGAGCAUAGCGGACAGUAGCGUCACGGCCCCUCUUCUGGAGCAGCAGAGACCACCGAGCAGCAUGCCCACCUUGUACUUUGACGGUAGUUUGCCAAGGUCGGUGGUGCAGGCGACGGACUUGGCCCAAUCCGCCACCUGUCAUCGGUUCGCCGAUCCUAAGAGCGGGGGCCUCCAAGCGGGCACGCUGCUCAAUAAUCCCACGAGGAUGCUGAGGAUCGCGGGGGGCGGGGACGGGAUCGUCGCGAGCACGGGGACUCCUCUCGGCAUUUACAGUACCCUGCCAAAGAGUCACAGACAUCCGCAGGUCUCGGCCGCCUACUCGACCGUUUAUUCCAGUGGAGUGUUGCCAGCCAAUGCCGUGGCCGCCGCUGCCGCCGCCGCUGCCGCCAAUUCGGCCGGCGCCAAAUGUUACAGGACAAUGUAUUUCGUUCCUUACAAUGGAUUGUCCGAUCCGACCUAUCAGAAUAUACAAAGGAUAUUGCCUCCGCAUCAAUCGCCUACAAAUUACGCGGAGCACAUCGAGAGAUAUCCUUACCCCAGGAACGGCAGACUCGACCACCAGCAACAACAACAACAGCAGCAGCAGCAGCAGCAGCAGCAGCAGCAGCAACACCAACAACAGCACCAACAACAACACCAACAGCAACAACAGCAGCAGCUGCAGCAGCUUCAGCCAAGAUAUUACGUCAGGCCUGCCUCGAUACCCCAACAGCAACAGCAACAGCAACAGCAGCUACUGGAGGAGCAGAAGCAGCUUGCCUCGACAUAUAAUGUCCAGACGCUAUCGGGGGUUACUUAUUCCAUUUGCCCGCCACCACCGCCGUGUCCGGUCACAGCCACCUACACCUAUCAGAUGCAGAUCCAAGGUCGACUGUCCUCCUCGGACAUGCAGACGCAGACGAGCUGCAGCCCAGCCUCGCAGAUGACGAGCAGCCUAUUGAGUAGCGUUGGCAAGCCGAGCCUGAGCGGCGGUCUCAGCACCAGCAGCUCCUCCCUCCUCUCCUCGCCGACGAAGCUCCCGUCGACGCAGCAGUAUCAACAGCAGCAUCGAGGCUCGAGCUGCAGCGUCGCCGAGCGCGGGGUGCCCGAGGGCGCUGCCAGUGCUCCGUCCCACGAUUACGCCCUCGGCCAGCCACUCGCCUCGACUGCUUUUAUCGCCGCGACUCAGCAGCAGCAGCAGCAGCAGCAGCAGCAGCAGCAGCAGCAUGCGAGCGUCGAGAACGGCGCCACGGCCAUCGUCGAGACCCAGAAUCCCGUCUACUACGCGAUGAAUGUCUGA